GUAUUCACACCUACAUUUUCAUGCUUUUCCACCAUUGACUAUAAACAUUACAAACAAAGAAACCUCAAAACAACAACAAAAAAGUCACCAGGAUCGUCAUCAACUCCGGCAAAGAGAAGGAGAAAGAGAGAGAUAGACAUGGCCAUGGCCGGAGCUUACGCUACGAACUUACCGGGGGUUCCUGAAUGGCUCAACAAAGGAGACAACGCGUGGCAGCUCACGGCGGCGACUCUUGUCGGUCUACAGAGCAUGCCAGGUCUCGUCAUCCUCUACGCCUCCAUCGUGAAGAAGAAAUGGGCUGUGAAUUCAGCUUUUAUGGCUCUUUACGCCUUCGCCGCCGUUCUCCUCUGUUGGAUCCCAGAAAGCAUCAGGUGGUUUGCGAACGGGACGAUAGAGAGAGAAGCGACGACGCCGUAUUUUCCGAUGGCGACUCUGGUGUAUUUUCAGUUUACUUUUGCGGCGAUAACGACGAUACUUGUGGCCGGAUCUGUUUUGGGGAGGAUGAAUAUCAAAGCGUGGAUGGCUUUUGUGCCAUUGUGGCUCAUCUUCAGCUACACAGUCGGAGCUUAUAGUUUAUGGGGCGGAGGGUUUUUGUAUCACUGGGGAGUCAUUGAUUAUUCCGGCGGAUAUGUUAUUCAUCUCUCCUCUGGUGUUGCCGGUUUCGUCGCCGCUUACUGGGUGGGACCCAGGCCCCAGGCUGACAGAGAGAGAUUCCCACCGAACAAUGUUCUUUUAAUGCUCGCCGGAGCUGGGCUUCUAUGGAUGGGGUGGUCCGGUUUUAACGGCGGAGCUCCAUACGCCGCCAACUUAACUUCCUCAAUCGCGGUGCUCAACACCAACCUCUCAGCCGCCACAAGCCUCCUCGUAUGGACCACGCUCGAUGUCAUCUUUUUUGGCAAACCUUCUGUCAUCGGAGCCAUUCAAGGCAUGGUCACUGGUCUCGCCGGCGUUACUCCCGGAGCAGGGUUGAUCCAAACAUGGGCAGCUAUAAUAAUUGGAAUAUUCUCAGGAUCAAUUCCAUGGGCCUCUAUGAUGAUACUCCACAAGAAAUCCGCUCUCCUUCAACAGGUUGAUGAUACAUUAGCGGUAUUCUACACGCACGCAGUAGCAGGAAUACUAGGUGGAAUAAUGACCGGCUUAUUCGCACAUCCUGAUCUCUGCGCCUUGUCACUUCCUGUCCCAAACACCAACGGAGCUUUCUACGGCGGCAAUGGCGGCAAACAGCUUUUGAAACAGUUGGCCGGAGCUGCUUUUAUCGCUGCCUGGAAUCUUGUGUCGACGACUCUUAUACUACUUGCUAUCAAGAUCUUCAUACCGUUGAGAAUGGCCGAGGAAGAGCUUGGGAUUGGAGACGACGCUGCUCAUGGGGAAGAAGCUUAUGCUCUUUGGGGAGAUGGAGAGAAGUUCGAUGCCACAAGGCAUGUGCAACAGUUUGAGAGAGAUCAAGAGGCUGCUCAUCCUUCUUAUGUCCAUGGUGCUAGAGGUGUCACCAUUGUUUUAUAAAAAGAAAAUUCUUCUCUUCUAAUUUUGGUGUUAAUGGUUUUUAUGACGUAGAGACAUUCAUGAGUGAUGUGUUUUGUAUAGGUGGAAUCUCUAAAUUCAGAUAUUUUUUUAUUGAUUUGAUAUAUUUGAAGUUAUCAACCAUUUGUUAUUUUGUUGAAACGAUAGAUUUAACUUAUGGUUUUUGUUGCAAGAAA